GAAAUCGAGACGACAACGGUAAUUUGCUCGUUGCUCGCCAUCGAUCAUGGAGAUUAUUGUUAUCGGGUGUGUUCUCGGUGUGAGAGGGUAUUUUCCGGCGACGAUGUUAAUGGUGGUGGUGGUGAUCCGUAUCCUCCUUCGUUGUUCUGCACAUUCUGCAAGUCCAAAGAAUCCAAACUGCUCUAUCGGCUCCUUAUGUCUAUAGCAACCGAUGCCGAGGUGAAAUCCGUGAUCUGUUUCGAUAGAGCUGCGACGACCCUCUUUGGUUGCUCAGCUGAUGAAUUCGUCACCUUCGCAAAGCCCAAUCCUUCUGCAGCUUCAAUGGCUAAUCAGGUUCUGGAGGGAGAAAUGCUGAGGAUGACAUUAACUCGGCCACACAACCGAAACGCCCAACACACGAGAGUAGCCUCGGUUGCUCCUCUGCGAUCGGGGUUUAAGCCUGUAAUAGUGACCCUCAGAGAAAUCUUCCAAAGGAAUUCUUCUCCAUGCAAUCAUUCAUAAGCUUGCCUGUUUAUACACGCAUGCAUGUAAAAUCUUGCCCAAUCCCAAUGUUGUUUGAUUUAGAUUCACGUUAGUACGUUGCCACAUGGCAUUGGCGUGACAUAUGAUCAUCGGGAACUUCGAAAUUUGAUGUAUUUAUCUUAUACCUGAAAAAUUCAUAUAUUAUU